CAUUCACCACAGGGACUAAUCCCAGCAUGCACUGGGGUUGGACUUGGAUAAUCAACUCAUUAGGCUGUUUUGCAACUUACAUAACAAGCCUUUCUUGUUGUUUCAGUCCAAGGGUGGGUGGAAACUCUGCCUAAGCAUUACACUAGUAAGGUUGGAUUAUGGUGAAGGUUUUUUUAUAUGUAAUCAAAUCUGCAGAUCCUGAAUGAAGACCUGAUUGACCACCUUGAAGGAAAAAAAAUGGCAUCUCCCCAGGAGCGAAAGUCUCCAGAAGCUCGAGGCACGUCCCCUCCCAUCACUACCACGAAAAAGCCUGGGAAGAAAGGAACCUCCCCCCCCCAGUGUGGUCCAACGCUGCAGGAAGUAAAGAAGAGAGGGCAACGAAUACGGAAGACACCGGAAAUGGACAUUUGUGACCAACUAGAUAUGCUGCGCCUGAACAGAGAUCUACCCGCAGCAGGGACUGGCCUUGUAUAUGAUGACCGACUGACUCUGCCAUACUGUCUUUGGGAUGACAAAUUCCCAGAGGGUCCUGCACGCAUCUUGGCAGUUAGAGAGAAGCUGGCACAGUAUGGUCUGGUGGAUCGCUGUAUUUCAGUACCCGCUAGAGAGGCGUCUGAUGCAGAUCUCCUGCUUGUUCACAGUCCGGACUUUGUGGAGCUGAUGAAGUCCACUCAAACGAUGACCGAGGAAGAACUCAGAGAGCUGUCAGAUCGCUACGAUUCUGUUUUCCUGCACCCUGCUUCGUUCACUACAUCCUGCUUGGCUGCCGGCUCUGUCUUGCAGUUAGUUGAUAAAGUUAUGAAGGGAGAGAUCCGCAAUGGGUUAGCAGUGGUCAGGCCUCCUGGACACCACUCCCACACUGACAAAAUGGACGGUUACUGCAUGUUUAACCAAUUGGCCAUUGCGGCCAAAUACGCUCAGCGCAAUCACGGGGUAAAGCGGAUACUGAUCGUAGACUGGGACAUCCAUCACGGUCAGGGAACACAGUUCAUAUUUGAACACGAUCCCAGUGUGUUGUAUUUUUCCAUUCACCGCUACGAAAAUGGAGAAUUCUGGCCCCAUCUUGUGGAGUCUUCCAGCAGCGCAGUGGGGAAGGAUCGUGGGGAGCGAUAUAAUAUCAACGUGCCCUGGAAUAAGAUUGCAAUGACAGAUGCUGAUUAUAUCACAGCAUUUCUUCACCUCCUCCUCCCGAUCUCUUAUGAGUUUCAGCCACAUCUUGUAUUAGUAGCAGCUGGAUUUGACUCUGUGGUGGGAGACCCAAAGGGAGAGAUGGCUGCCACUCCAGCAUGCUUUGCUCACCUGACACACCUGCUCAUGUCCUUGGCUGAAGGAAGACUUAUUUUGUCCCUUGAGGGAGGGUAUAACUUGCGCUCUAUGUCGGAAGGGGUCUGCGCUUCCCUAAAGAUUCUCCUCGGAGACCCUUGUCCAAGUUUGUCUCAGCCCUUUGCCCCCUGUGAUAGUGCCCUGGAAUCCAUCUCUGGUGCCUUCUGUGUCCAUAGGAAAUAUUGGCGGAGCCUGCAGGAACAAGAUUUCACCUUAAAGCAGGAAAGAAAAGCAAAGGAAACCAGUCAGGCUUCACUGGCAGACACAUCUGAAGAUACUCUAACAGAUGUGCUGGAUGCAACGAUGAAGGAAGUGAUGAGGAAGAUGCCGGAUCAGCGCACUGGCCUGGUGUAUGAUGAGCGCAUGAUGGAACAUUACAACAUGUGGGACAGUGGCCACCCUGAGGUUCCACAAAGAAUUGCCCGCAUAUACCUACGUCAUAAGGAGAUGGGGCUGUUAGAUCGCUGCGUUCGCCUCUCCCAAUGUGCUGCAACCAAAGAACAGCUACAAAUGUGCCACAGUCUUCCCUACAUUGAUAAGAUAGAAGGGUGUUCCCGACUGAAACCCAGGGACCUGCAUAGAAUGGGAGAUGAGUAUAACUCCAUCUACAUCAACAACAAGUCUUACAGCAGUGCCUGUCUGGCUGCCGGCUCGACAUUCAGUGUUGUGGAAGCUGUCCUUACAGGGAAGGUUCAAAAUGGAGUCUGUAUCGUUCGCCCACCAGGUCACCAUGCAGAGCCAGGUUCAGCUUGUGGUUUCUGCUUCUUCAACAAUGCCGCCCUUGCUGCACGAUAUGCCCAGAGCCUGCAGAACCCGUCUGAACCUCAAUUAAGGGUAAUGAUUCUAGACUGGGACAUCCACCACGGCAACGGAACACAGCACAUUUUCCAGGAGGAUGAUAGUGUGCUGUAUGUGUCCAUCCAUCGAUAUGAUGAUGGCCUCUUCUUCCCAUCUUCUGAGGAUGCUGCACAUGACAAGGUUGGCGUCGGUCUUGGAGAAGGGUUCAAUGUGAACAUCCCGUGGAAUGGUAGCAAGAUGGGUGAUUCAGAGUACUUGCUGGCCUUUCAUAGGAUUGUCAUGCCUAUUGCUUAUGAGUUUAAUCCGCAGCUGGUUUUGAUAUCUGCUGGUUUUGACGCUGCUCGUGGAGACCCACUUGGAGGCUGCCGUGUUUCUCCGGAAGGCUACGCCCACAUGACACACCUUCUGAUGGGUCUGGCAGGUGGCAAGGUGGUGGUCAUUUUGGAGGGUGGCUAUAAUCUGACCUCCAUUUCAGAAUCCAUGUCAAUGUGUACUCGUACACUUCUUGGAGAUCCCCCUCCUCGCUUGUCUGACUUGCAUCCUCCCCGUCCUUCAGCACUGCGUACAAUCUCAAAUGUCCUAAGUGUCCAUAACAAAUACUGGUGCAGCCUCAGGUUAAAAGUUGAGCUCCCUCCACCCUCUGAGAUAUCAAAGGAGGCACAUUGGACUCCACAGAACGUGCAGUCAUCCCCGCAACUGACAACCAUCUCCCCUGGAAGGAAUAUUGAAACACAGUGUCCCCAGGAAUUAGAUUUGACUGGUUCCAAAGCUGAUGAUGAUAGUCUGAACCCCAGCCCUGAAAUUGUGGAGGUGAAAAGUCCACCGUCAGUAGCCUUUAGUAACGGCUCAAUUGAUAGUGUCUCCAGCAUCGACAGUUGUUCUGUAUCAUUCUCUGUAGAAAACAAUAUGGAAACACCAUCAUCAGAGAAAAGUCAGAUCAUGUACCGUGUCGGGGAGUCUUCACCUCAAAAAUCAGACAGUGUUAAAAUGGCUAAACAUGAACUGAAAGAGACCUUGGUUGAUAAGGAUGAUGUCUUUAAUCCCCUCUUGCCUAACUUAGCUGAAGUAGAGAAGAAGGAAGAGUUGGUGGUAGAGAUGGAGGCUGUUGGACCACACUCAGUGCACAGGGAUUCUAAUGAUGGAGAGUCGCUGGUAACAGUAAUGGAAGUCCAGGUUUCAAACCGAACACCAGACAUUCUGAUGUCUGCCAGGACAGAGAGCUCUGUGGAAGAACUUGUAAGUGACUUGAAGCUGGAAGAUAGCAAAGACCCAUCAACCUUCAGCAUUAGAGAGGGUGACAGUGAACCCGUUGCUGGGGCUAGAAAGACGAUUGUUCCCUUCCUGCAGCAAGUGGCUGAUGGUGCAGAAGCAGCUUCUGUGAGUUCUCCAGAUACUCACUUGGAGGAGAAUUUACUCUCAGAAGCUGCCAGUGGCUGCCCAGCCUCAUGUUACCAGAUAGAUGUGGAGCCAUCACUGGAAUUCUCUGGGGAGUUGUUUACGGUGACGCCACUUCCCUGGUGUCCUCAUCUGGAGUCAGUGUGUGAGAUGCCCCCUUGCGGGCUGGAGGUGACACAGCCGUGCGUUGCUUGUGGUACAGACAUAGAGAACUGGGUGUGCCUGACAUGUUAUGCGGUUCUGUGUGGGAGGUAUGUCUCUCAGCACAUGAUAUCUCAUGGAGUCUCGUCCGGUCACAAUCUUGUUCUCAGCUUCUCUGACCUGUCUGUCUGGUGUUACAGCUGUGAUGCCUAUAUCCAUAAUGAGGUUCUGAUUCCAGCAAAACAGUCGGCCUACUACUCCAAGUUUGGCGAGGAAAUGCCAGGAACAUAAAAUAUGCUGAAUACCCCCAGAUUCAGCAUUUGCAUCACACCAUUGCUUUAACAUGGGUCUAUGGCGUGUUAAAAACA